AUGCACAAUAUACUAAAAUUAAGUAAUUUGGAAGCAACACCACCUGAAAAAAUUGAGUUACCGACAGAAUAUAACAUAUCAGAAUCGUUAGAAGCCUAUCAGAUAAUCAGUACAGAAGAAAACAUCAAUUUAGCUGAAAUAGAAGAUAUUCCAAUCGUUUUCAUCGCCGAUGGACCCUUCUCUGAAGAGCAUGAGGGUAAAUCUUUCUGUUAUACCUACUUAUCCUUGGAAUUUCACAUCUACUGUGCAGUAUUUUUGUAACAAUGGUACCAUUGAAAUUAAGUUGUUUUUUCUUUGCCUUAUUAUUAUUUAUCUUAUAUGUUGUCAAUAGCACUAUACCUAGAAUGUAUUCUUAUUAUUUCAAAUAAAUAUAAUAUGUUUGUAUAGAAAAACUAUUUUUUAUUUUUAAAUCAA